AUGGCUUCUACAACUAGAGGUGGUGGUAGAAAGAGGGAUCCUAUGUGGAAACAUGGCACACCAGGUGCAGUGGCAGGAGAGGUUCAAAGGGAGGCAAAAGCAAAACUUUCAGAAUUUGAGCAAAAGAAAACAGAAAAAAAGAGGACAGCAAAGGCAAUGACAGGCCCAACGAGGAAUAUCAGUUCUACAGAGUCAGAAAAUUUUGGGGUGGGCAGCAAUACAUCUAGUUUUUUCAUUCCUCGUAACACUCCUGGUGCACAACCUGGAUUGGUAGGUACUUCAUGGAAUAAGGAAGUGCAUCAACAGACAAGAGCGGUAGUGGCUAGAUUUUGGAUUUACAACAAUAUUCCGUUUAGUAUUAUUGAGAGUCCAUAUUGGGAGCAAAUGGUCAGUGGAUUGACCAUUUCUGGUAAGGGGUUCAAGUCCCCAAGUCGUUAUGAGUUGAGUGGGCCAUUAUUGCAGGAUGAGGUCCAAAACACACAUCAGCUGGUGGAACAACAAAGGAGGAAUUGGGAAAGGAAUGGCUGCACCAUUUUAUCUGAUGGGUGGACGGAUAGUAGGAAUAGGACACUCAUAAACUUUCUAGUUGUUUCAGGGGGACAGGUGGUAUUUUUAAAAUCGAUUGAUGCCUCAGAUCAAGUGAAGAAUGCAGAAACCUUGUGCAACAUGUUGGAUGAGGUGGUGACCGAAGUGGGAGUGCAGAAUGUUGUUCAGGUUGUGACCGAUAAUGCAGCUGCAUAUGUGGCAGCGGGUAAACUUCUACAGGCUAGGCAUCCGUCAUUAUUUUGGAGCCCUUGUGCUGCUCAUUGCCUUGAUUUACUCGUCGAGGACAUAGGGAAACUUAGUUGGGCGAAGAAUGUGGUUGAAGAUGGAAGGGAAAUCACAAAGUACAUCUCAACCACACAUGGGUCUUGGAGCUUAUGA